AAGAAAGCUACGACAUUAUACAUUUAAAAACUAAAACAAAUGUCGUACGACUGCACACAGCAGAUCGCCAUUCCCAAAAUGGCAACAAAAGUUUUCGUACACGGUCGAACAACGUAAAAAAAAAAUAUGUUGAAAGACUUAGUAAGUUAACUAUUUAAGUAGUUAAGCAAAUCAGUCAGUAAAUACAAAGAUGUCUCUUAAGCUUCCUCAAGUACCCAACUCCGGGUUAUUCAAACAGGGGUAUCAAUCUAUGUCCAAUGCCGAUGGAGCCAUUGUUAGAAAUAUUGAAGCAGUUCGAGAAAUUUCAAGUAUUCUUUUAACAUCAAUGGGACCAAGUGGUAGAAAUAAAAUUAUAGUUAAUAAAUUAGGGAAAAUUUUUAUAACUAAUGAUGCAGCCACUAUGUUAAAUGAAUUAGAAAUUGUUCAUCCAGUAGUUAAAAUUCUUACAAUGGCAUCAAAACAACAAGAAUUUGAAAUGGGUGAUAAUACAAAUUUAGUAAUAAUAUUAGCAGGAGAAUUUUUAAAUAUAGCUGAAAAAUUAAUAAAUUUAGGAUUAAAUGUUACAGAAAUUAUUCAAGGUUAUAAUUUAGCUAAUAAAUUUGUUCUUGAAACUUUGGAUAAAUUAGUAGUUGAUAAUGUUGAAUCAUUACUUGAUGCUUCACAUUUACAAAAGGCAAUUAAACCAGUUAUUGCUGCUAAACAAUAUGGUUAUGAAGAUUUAAUUUCAAAACUUGUAUCUGAUGGAGUUCAAUUAAUAUUAAAUCCUAAAAAUCCAAGAGCUUUUAAUGUUGAUAGUAUAAGAGUUGUUAAAAUUAUGGGAUCUUCAUUAAGUGAAAGUCAAGUUAUAAAAGGUAUGGUAUUCCCAAGAGAACCAGAAGGUAGUGUAAAGAAUGUUAAAUCAAAAUCAAAAGUUGUAGUUUUUACUUGUCCAAUAGAUAUAUCAACUACUGAAACUAAAGGUACUGUAUUAUUGCAUAAUGCCCAAGAAAUGUUAGAUUUUUCAAAGGGUGAAGAACAACAAUUAGAUCAAAUGUGUAAAGAAAUUUAUGAUUCUGGUGUUAAAGUUGUUGUUGCUGGAUCAAAUGUUGGAGAUUUAGCUUUACACUUUUUUAAUAAAUAUAAUAUUUUAUUAUUAAAAGUUCCAUCUAAAUUUGAUUUAAGAAGAAUUUGUCAAGUUUGUGGAGCUACUCCACUUCCUCGUUUAGGUGCACCAAUGCCUGAUGAAAUGGGUGAAAUUGAUAUUAUAGAAACUAAAGAAAUUGGUGGUGAUAGAGUUACUAUAUUCAGACAAGAUGAAUCUAUUUCAAGAACUGCCACUAUAAUUAUUAGAGGUGCAACCCAAAAUUCUUUAGAUGAUGUUGAAAGAGCUAUAGAUGAUGGUGUUAAUGCAAUUAAAGGUUUAUUAAAAGAUAAUAGAUUAUUACCAGGAGCAGGAGCUGUUGAAAUUGAAUUAAUUAAAUUAAUUACAAAAUAUGGUGAAAAUACUCCUGGUUUAUUACAAUUAGCAAUUAAACAAUUUGCAAAAGCAUUUGAAGUUAUUCCAAGAGUUUUAGCAGAAACUUCAGGAUUUGAUUCAUCUGAAUUAUUAAGUAAAUUAUAUGCUGCUCAUUCAAAUGAUGAUGGAUUAAAAUAUGGUAUUGAUAUUGAUAAUGAUGAUUUAGUUGAUGUUUCAAUUUCAGGUAUUUAUGAUAUUUUAGCAGCCAAGAAAUCUGCUAUUGAUUUAGCAGUUGAAGCUACAAAUACUAUCUUGUCUAUAGAUCAAAUUAUUAUGGCUAAAAGAGCUGGUGGACCUCAAAUUCCUAAACAAGGUAGACCAGGUAAUUGGGACCUGGAAGAUUAAGUAUAUGUAUUCUAAUAGAUUUUAAUUUACUCUAUAUACUUUUACCAAUUGUAAUAAAUUUCUCUACUUUAUUAAAAUCUUUAUUACCAUUAAUAUCUUCAACUCCUCCACUAACAUCAUAACCAAUAACAUUAUUAAUUGUGACAGUAUCCUUUAAAUUAUCCGGAGUUAAACCUCCUGCUAAAAUGAAAUUUCCAAAGUUUAAUUCUUUAUUAAUUAAAUUCCAAUCUAUAACUUUACCUUCACCUCCAGCAUCUGAAUCUAAUAAUGGUAUACUAACACUUUUAAAAUUAAUAAUUUGUUCAAAAUCAUGAGGCAUAAUAUUAAUCUGUUGAGGUAUAACAUAUCUCGGUAUGACUCCAAACUUAUGAUUAAUUAAUUUGAUAUAUUCUACUUUGUUUUCAUUACCAUGUAAUUGUAUAAAAUCUAAUUCAAGUUUACUUGCUGUAUCUA